AUGUUUAGUAAUCUUAAACAGCAUUUUUCAACUUGCAGUUUCCUAAAAUCUGCUUUAGUUGCUUAUUCUGCAGGAAAUGAAAAUAUAAAUCGAUCUACAUUUGAGGAUAGAACUGACAAAACCAGUUGUAGUAGUUUUGUUUUGGAUCCAUUUGCGGAAGAGGCGAUGCAAGAAUUCGAAUAUAUAGAAUACAAACCUUGUUCGUCGAUAAAACCUCUGACUUCGAUCGAUCAAAAUUUCGAUACAGACACUGCAAAACUGGUGAUUCAUGAAGAUCGAAUAAGUCAAUUUUUCAAUAAUUCAACUCAAUCGGAAUUCUCAUGUUGCUAUCAGACAGGUUCUCGACCAAAGAAUGCUACUGAGCCUGAUGCAGCCAAUAUCUAUUCAAAUUGCACACAAUUCAACACAAAUCAUUUACUCAAGCCAGACGAAGAGUUUUUGCUUGUAAAAUGUUCAGCCAUUGAAAAUUCGGAAAGUAAAUUACUUUAUAUAAACGGCCAUUCAGUUGUGAGAAUGAAAGAAAACGUAAAGAAACGAAUGGAAAAUGCCACACCAGAUAAGGUUAGUGUACUCUUGUUAGGAAUCGACAGCAUGUCAAGGAAUCAUUUCAUACGAGUAAUGCCAAGAUCACUCGAUUACCUGAGAAAAUCUGGUUGGUUUGAAUACACUUUUUUAAACAAGGUCGGCGAAAACACUUUUCCCAACUUAGCUCCGGUCAUGACAGGAAAAAGUUCGGGAGAUAUCGGAAAAAUUCGUAAAGAAGGGAAAGCAUUUCAAGUGAUUCGUUAUCUUUGGGAGGAUUUCAAAGAUGCUGGCUAUGCCACCAUUUAUGGCGAGGAUUCCUUUGGUGCGAGUACAUUCAGAUAUUUUAAAAGUGGUUUUAAGGAAAAUUCUGUCGACUACUAUUUUCAAACUUUUGCAGCACUAUUAGACAAAAAGUUGAAGGCGGGCGAAUGUGAUGACAUAAAUAGAAAAUCGGGUUUCAAAGCUUUCGUAGGCUAUCAGUACUAUCUCGAUUAUCUCUAUCAAUAUGCGUUCGAUUUUAUGAGAAUGUUUAGAGAUAAACCUUCAUUCGGAUUGAUUUGGUCAAUUUCAUUUUCACAUAAUGACUUUAAUUUACCGUCAUCAAUGGAUGGAAAAAUGUUGGAUUAUCUAAAAAUGCUUGACAGUCUUAAAAUUUUGGACAACACGAUCGUUAUUUUCUUCAGUGAUCAUGGCGCACGUUUUGGUCGUUUUCGGCGUCAUUUUAUCGGAUGGGUGGAGGAACGUUUACCAUUUUUCUUCCUUUGGAUACCAAAAAAGUUUCAAGAUUCUCAUCCAGAAAUAGUUGAAAAUCUGAAAAAGAAUGAAAAUCGUCUUUUUUCUCCUUAUGACGUUCACUUGACUGUUAAACAUAUUUUACAAAUUGUUGGAGGGACCGAAAAGAAUUACAAGGAAUGGAAUGUCACCUGCCCUAAUUGUCAAAGUAUAUUCGAAGAGAUUCCAAUUGAUCGAGUUUGUGAAGACGCUGGGAUUCGUGAAGAAUGGUGUGCUUGUAAAAACUUCGAAGAAGUUAAUUUGAAUUCGACCAUAACUGAGAAAUUUGCUAACAUAGUUUUAGAAAAGUUGAACAAAGAUCUUUCUGAUUACCCCAAAUGUGCCAAUUUAACAUUGGACUUUAUUCGUUCAACACACAAAGUGGAUUUGGUGAAGUCUUCUGGAAAAGUAACUGAUUUUCUUAUAUCAUUUGAUGUGGAUCCUUCAAAAGGAAUAAUGCAAGCAACCGUUCGCUGUAUGGAUGGUCUCACCUGUAGUAAACACGAAAUAGUUGGACCUGUAGAAAGGCUUAACAAGUAUGGAAGUCAAAGCAAAUGUAUUGAAGAUGCUGAACAGAGAAAAUUUUGUUAUUGUAUUUAA